UUUCUUUGAUGUAAUGUGAUGUAUUCAAAAACUCACAAGAGCACUGUUCGUCUUUUAUACAAGACUAUAUUAAGAUUACAUCGUGGAUUACCUGAAGAACUAAGAUUAUUAGGAACACUUUAUGUUAGAGAUGAAUUUCGGCGUCACAAAAACUGUGAUGAACAAACGGCUGCUGUUUUUAUUACUCAAUGGGCUGAAUAUGCAUCUCUCUUGACAAAACAAAUCAGUGUAAAAGGCCUAGUACAUUCGUCAAAACUUGGAAGACCAAUAGACGAGUCUAUAUUAAAUAUGAUGAGAGAAGAGCAAAUAGCUCAGCUUUAUGAGUUAAUGAAAGCUGCUACAUUUAAAGAAUAAGGACAAUUGUUUUAAUUCAUAGAAAGGUUGAUUUAUCUAUAAGGGCCUGCUGAGCUUCAAUGUGGUUUGGAGACACAGCAUCUUCGAGAACACUAUGGUACUGGCUUAGUUUGAGGCGGCAAAGUGACAUCACAGUGUAUGCAUUCAAUAAUUCAUUCAUAAGAGUGUCCUAACAAAGCCAACAAUUUUUAUUAUAAACUGCAAUAACAUAUAUACAAAAUAAAAUAUGAUUUAAAAUAGCUCACGUUAGUUUUGAAGCCAUCAACAAUUUCACUGUUACUGAAAUGGGUUGAUUGAACGCGUUCUGGUACAGUGAAUCCAAGGGUUUCCUCACUUACGGCUUUCUGAUUCCUAUAGAAAAGAAUUUCUC